CUGCCCAGGGUACCCCUGACUCUCCACCCACAGCCCUCCCCCUCCUGGUCUCUCUCCUCUCCCCUCUCCCCCUCCUCUGAUCUGACACGUCCCUCCCGGUGUUGCUGGAUGGACCCCGCUGUUAUCCUGCUCCUCCUGCCGGGCCUGGCGCUGGUUGCCGGGCAGGCACUGCUCACCGAACCCGCUCAGGAUAGGCCGCCCUCCCUGGUCAUCGCCAUUAUCGCCCGCAACGCGGCCUAUUCUCUGCCCUACAGCCUGGGGGCGCUGGAGAGGUUCCAGUACCCCAAGGACAGGGUCUCAGUCUGGAGUGCUACAGAUCACAAUGAGGACCAAACUAGCAAGGUGCUUCAGGAUUGGCUGGAAGGUGUGUGGCCAUUGUACAACACGGUGGAGUGGAUCGCACAGGAGACACCCAGCUGGUAUCCGGAAGAGACUGGUCCUAAGCAGUGGCCCAAGGAACGUUACGAGCAUGUUAUGAGGCUGAGACAGGAGGCUCUGGACUACGCACGGAGGAACAAUGCAGAUUAUAUUUUGUACACAGAUGCCGACAAUGUUCUGUCCAAUGAGAAUACAUUGCAGCUGCUUAUGGCUGAGAAUAAAACUCUGAUCGCUCCCAUGUUGGAUUCACAGACUGGAUAUUCCAACUUUUGGUGCGGAAUAACCCCUCAGGGUUUUUACCGCCGGACACCUGAUUAUUAUCCAACUGUGAACCGGCAGCGCACAGGCUGUUUUCCAGUACCCAUGGUUCACUCCACAUUCCUUGUGGAUCUUCGAAGGGAGGAGAGUCACCGCUUGGCUUUUUACCCUCCUCACGUCAACUACACCUGGACCUUUGAUGACAUCAUCGUGUUUGCUUACUCAUGUUUAGCAGAAGGAGUACAAGGCUAUGUGUGUAACAACCACCACUACGGUUACAUCAAUGUUCCGGCUCAGCCACAUCAAGAAAUGGAGGACGACCAUCUAAACUUUGUGCACCUUAUGCUGGAAGCCAUGGCAGUUGAAGGUGUCACGUUCCUUCCUUCUGAGUUUGUUCCUGCCCCACAAAGGAACCCCGACAAGAUGGGGUUUGAUGAGAUAUUCCUGAUUAACUUGCUACGUCGUCCUGAGAAACGGGAGAGAAUGCUACACUCCCUGCAUCAACAGGAGAUAUCGUGUCGAGUUCUGGAUGCUGUAGAUGGCAGUGCUCUCAACAGCAGUGCUAUUAAACGUAUGGGCAUCAACCUGCUUCCAGGAUAUUAUGACCCAUUCUCUGGCAGAACUCUUACGAAGGGUGAGGUUGGCUGCUUUUUGAGCCAUUUCCAGAUAUGGAAAGAGAUUGCAGAGAACCAGCUCAACGCGACCUUGGUGUUUGAGGAUGAUGUUCGCUUUGGAUCAUUCUUCAAAAGAAAAAUGAUGCGUCUCAUGGACGAUGUCCGCAAAGCUCAGCUCGAUUGGGACCUGAUAUACAUUGGAAGGAAGCAGGUGACUACAGAUCCAGAGGAGCCUGUGGACGAUGUACCAUACUUAGUGGUGGCUGAUUAUUCCUACUGGACUCUGUGCUACAUCAUCUCACUGCAAGGAGCCCUGAAACUGCUGAAUGCUGAGCCGCUGUCCAAAAUGCUCCCAGUUGAUGAAUUUCUACCCAUCAUGUCCGACACACACCCAAAUGAGGAGUACAAGAAGCAUUUUGUGAACCGCAACCUAAAGAUGUACUCCGUGAACCCACUCCUUGUUUAUCCCACCCACUACACCGGGGAGCCCAACUGGUUGAGUGACACGGAGACCUCCACUCUCUGGGAUGAUGAUAACGUGCACACAGAUUGGAGUGGCUCCCAAAAAACCCUCAAGGGCUCCAGGGGGGAGAUUCAGCAUGGUUUACACUCUUCAUCUCAUGAUGAGCUGUGACCUGGAAAAAUUAGAUCAACAGUUGCAACUUUUGACAUCCAUCUGACCUCUUCCUUUUAAUCGUGGAUGAUAAAAAAGGGAUGUAUGCACUAAAUGAACUAACAAGUUAAAGUUUAAGGAAGACUUCACAGUG